AUGAUCAACAACUCGCCUUCCUUCUCCUCGCCUUCAGGCGCUCACACUUUCUCUGCUCCGUCGUCCUCGCCGCAGCCACCUUCUUGGGCCAACGCAGACGCUCACCAACAGAUUGGAAUGUCUCACAACCUCCUCGAGCAUUCCUUCUCUGCAGACCACACCAAUUCGGUUGCGUUCCAGCCCAUGUUCAACAACCCUUUCCCCGCCUCCUUCCAAUCCAAUGCCGGCGUGCCCAGUCUCGGUGCUCCAGCUCCUAUGCUCGUACAACAACCACUGUACGUUGCCCAAGAGCUCAAUUCCUUCUGGAAGCCAGACAGCAACCCAGCUCAACUCGUCAAGAUGGAGCCCGGCAAUGACAUGUUCGCCGCUCGCGAUUUUGUUGCGUACCGUGGCUCCCAGCCCAUGAUGGGAAGCAUGAGUCUCCCCAGCUACGCCACCCACGCUCCCGACAGGCGUUUCACCUUCUCUGACGCAGAGUCCAUCGGCUCGGUCGCGUCUCCGAGCUCCACUUCCGAAGCCUCUUCCCGACCGGCUUCCGCAAAGCGAGGUUCCAAGCGCAAGACCAUGCUCGAUGCUUCGCUCGACUCCCCCGCCGCUGCCGGCACACCCCAAGCUUCGGAUGCGGUCAAGGGCUCCAAGAAGGUCUCCAAGCAGGCCAGCCAGCGACGUCCUCCCCCUUCCGCUUCGCACGUCACUGAGUCUGGGAAGCCCUUCCCCGUCAUCGACACCUCGGCCAAGCACUCGAGUCUCUUUGUGCCUCCCGACACCUCGGGCCUCACCAAGCGCGAGGCGCGUCUCGUCAAGAACCGCGCCGCCGCUUUCCUUUCGCGACAGCGUAAGCGUGAACAAUUCGAGGAAAUGGAAAUCAAGUGUAAAGGCAUCUCGAUGCUCGUUUGGCGCAUGUGGGAGGCCAUCGCCGGUCCCGACGCUGACCUCGAGCGCAUCGACUCGACUUCGCUCGCUGCCGUGCUAGCCAACGAAGAGCCCAUGGCCCGCCUCUGUCUCGAAGAAGUUAUUUCUAAAAAGGGUGCCUCCAUCGCACCCACUGCCGACGACGCAGAAGGCACCCCCGCUCCCGAGUUUGCCACUAAUCCAUCCACCGCUGCGCCUGCUCCCAAUGCCCAGAAGGAUGCUCAAGCCGCUGCAAUUGCCUCUGCCGAGCUCGAGCAAGCCCGCUGUGAUCUGGCUGCCUCGAUGCAGCGAGAAUCCGAGCUUCUCGCUCAGCUCGACGCGCUCCAUACCAGCGUUGCUACCGCUCAGGCUUCCAUGUCUACCAGCGCUAUCCCUGUGAAUGGGUUUGAGGCCAUGGACGCCAACGUGGCCGCGAUGCCCUUCAAGGGAGUCCAGGGUGCCGAGCUUCCGCUUUUUGUGCCUGAAUCGCCGCUGUCCAAGUUCACCCUGGGUGAUGCUCCCUGCUCGGCCAUGAUGCUGGAUGCCUCUCAUUCUGCUGGCUUUGACCUCUCCAAGACUCCGACCUUGGCCAUGUUCUCCGAAAACGCUUUGCGCAACCGAUCGGCCCAGCAGUAUACCAAUAGCGGCAGCAAGGUGGCUGCCCCUGGGAUGGGACUCGGUCUUGACUACCGCUUUCCGUGUGCGUCGGCGCCAUCUUCACCGUCCACUGCCUCCUCGUCGUCCAUGGAGAGCAACCAGUCGCGCGCCAACUCUUUGAUCUCGCAGCACUCCGCAUCAUCGGGCAAGGCUCCUAGCACGCUUGCUUCGGUUCUGCUUUUGGCUGGCAUGUCGCUCAUGGGCGUCGGCCCCUCCGCAGAAGAGCUGGCUGCUACCGAGGCAUCCACCAGUGACUCUACUGCUGCCGCUAACACUUCUUCUCGCGAGCAGGCUCGUACUUGCCGAAGAUCGUUCGCCAAUGCCAAGGCUCCCGCUCGCGCUGCAUCGACGCACGCUGCUGGACAGCCUUCGUCGCACUUGAGCGAUGACGAUCUGCUAGUCGAGAUGGGUCUCGCCUCUGCCUCGCUCUCCGAAGCCGAGGACGGGGAUGAAGAGGCUGGCCACGGUGCAAGCAUUAUCCAACCUGCGGCAGGUGCCAUGACCGUGUCAUGCACAUGA